ACUGAAUAUAUUACAUAUAUAUUAGUUUUAUAUAAUGCUAAACAUCUCAUGUUCUACUUUUUUUGCAUUUUUUUUUAAAUAUAAAAUUAAUUAUCAUAUAUAAAAUAAUAUUUGGUAAUGUUAUUAUAAUGACACUUAUAUUCUAGAGAUAAUAACAGCCCUCAGUCAUAUGAGGAAUAAAGGCGCUCUAGCUACGGAUUGCCUGAUAUUGACGCAGCGUUACGUCACGUGCAGCGCAAGUUUUGCGCACAUUCAUAAGCGGAGCGCUGUUUACCGAGUGUGUGAUUGUAUUCAUAUGCACCCAGAGGAUCAUCCUCCUGCGCCGUGAAUCCCUUGGUGUGUAAAUACGAGCGUUUCAACUCCUCAGAAGAUGAACUACAAAUAUCGCCGUUGGACUGAAGCGCACCGGCGUCUCGAUCCCAUAUGAACGCGCGACACGGAUCCGUUUCAUCCCGCCCCUUCACAACACAAGUUGUUUUCCUUCAAAUUGCUCGUUUGCCAACAUUUCACAUUCCGCAAAACGUCGGCUUCAUUAAAUUAUUUUUAAACGAAUUAAUUCCAAUAUUUUUCCAAACAAGCCUCUAGCCUACUUCUGUAUUUGCGUAUUAAUGUUGUUAUUUGUGCAGAAAAGUUUUUUGGAGCGCUUCAGAGAUUUUGAACAGGAGUGAGGUGGAGAGAAAAAAUGUUUUUAUCCAGAUGCAAAACGGAGUAAAAUGUAAAUAGCGGUUGCGUGUCGGUUUUUUGUUUUAACCUUCAAACGUCGUGAACCCGCGAGACGGGCGCCGCAGCGCGCGCUUUGAUCAACCGCGCGCCUUUUAUGCCGUUUGACUGGAGAAUGCGCGCGGUGCUGUCGGUACAAAUCUGCCUCACACUCCUCACCCCGUCAAACGGAGAGAUGGAGGUGAAAGAGAGGGAGAGAGAGAGAGACAGGUGGAGGGAGACACUUUAAUCUCGUCCUUCUGCUCGCGCUCGCACCUGCAGAACCUCUCUCGCGCGCUUUUAAGAGGAGAGCGUGCGGCCCCCGCGCGCCUCCACGAGUUUAACGCGCCCGGUUACCGGCUGCCGCUGCGAGGCCAUAAUGACAAACACAAGCUGUGAAGAGAAUAUUAUAACAUUUUAAAAGCCUGCCUCCUGCUCAGGCUCCUGGGAACCGAAGGGAUUCAAGUCUUUAUUGGAUGGGUCUUUGGUUCAACAAAACCGGAUUCAGGUGCACAGGUUUUUAUCGGUCCACCAGAAAACAAAGUCAAGAUCCCAGGCUGCUUCAAUGAGAGCUUCUGAGGAGUAUCUACUCCAGGGUGUGAAGAAACAAGCCAAGUGGAAAGUGCUGCACAUUUGAGCUGAAAGGCCUAUAGAUUGUGCAGAGCAACCCGCAUUCAGCAGCUUAAAGACACGAGAGAGACAGGGAGGCUGGAAAGGAAGGGACACGGCAAAGAGUGACAGGAAGAUGGAGGAAGAAAAGAAAAGAGUGCAUAACAGGAAAAAGGGUUCAUUUCUGUCAGGAAGGUGAGAGCGAAAGAGAGGGACGAGAGGAAGAGAUGAUUACAGCGGCGUAACUUUGGAGCAAAAGGACAGCGAGAGACAUUUCUGAAGCAUUGAAGGAGAUACGUGAGCGAGAGAGGGAGAGGAUGCGAAGGGUCGAUUUAUCUUACACUGACAGGAGCGGCUUCAAACGAUGACCUUGAGGACUAAUGAGAGUAAAUGAGUGAAAUAUUUUUCACUUUUAAAAAAGUGAAACUAUAAUCAAAUGGAAGCCUGAAAGAUGGACUAAUGAGCUUCAGCAAUGAUGAAAGCAUGCGCGAGAGAGAGAGUGAUACGGACUGAACGAGAGAGAGAGGGAGGUAGUCAUUUGGCAGAGCCUGCAGUGUCAGGCCCUCACUCCUGCCAUCUCAUUAGCUGACCUGACGACUGCCUGAUUAGAAUACGUUUGAUGAAAAUUUCAAGGAUUCCCCCCCCCCCCACUCAACAUUCAAAAUUUUUGGUGUGAUUUAAUAAAUAUUGCACAACUUUUUUUUUUUGAGACACAGAAACUGUGAGGUAAUUAAUUAAGAUUAAAGCCGUCUGGACCAAGUUGAUUUACCAUCAUUAUUCGCCCUGAAAUCAACAAAUAUAUUUAAAACGCAGAGACAGCAAUGGGCAUGUUCAGAUGCACACAUCGCUUUUCAUGAGAAACUUGUUGAGCACACAAGUCACAUACUUGCAUGUCAGAUGUUAUUUCACUCAACACAAGCUGAAUUUGUACCCUUCAAAAAUUAAUUGAACAUCUUAUUUCAAGCUGUCCAGUUUGUUCCAGAUGCUUCGUUCUUUGGUGUUUAAUGCUGGGUUUACAAAACUGCUAUAUGUGCAUUAGCGCCACCAAAUGCUCAAACCUUAUUUGUUGACAACUGAAGCAAACAUCUCGCUCAAGUGGAUUUGAUGUUUUCUGAAGGAUCAUGUGACACUGAAGACUGGAGAUGAUGCUGAAAAUUGAUGCUGAAAAUUCAGCUUUACCAUGACUGCAUCCUUAUAGUAAUGUAGGAUGCUGUUGAGGAUCAACCCUGAAAACCACAGUCAAUUCCCUGUGGAAGAUCUAGGAGGAGCUGUUUGUUGGGCUGGAGGAACUGCCCUGUGGCGGCUCUUUGAGAGGUUAAGCUGGAGAUUGUCAUUGCCCAAGGUGAACUGGCUUUCAGUGGUAACCGGAUGGAAACUAGAAAGGCGAGUUCAGGAUGAGCUCUGGGGCUUGGGUUUGUGCUGUGGUUGAGCUGGUAAACCCAUGAGAAGAAAGAAAGUCAUACAGGCUUGGAACGACAUGAGGUCUUGUAAAAUCAUUUUAACAAACAAAAGCCAGUUCCUGUAUGAUGUCAUCCUACAGGAAGUGACAUCAUUUUGGAGGGAAAUCGACAGCAGCGCAAAUAUCGGAACUUCUCUCUGCCAUUCAUAGGCAAAACAGAUAGUUCGGCGUCAAAUUUAGUUGGGACAGACUCUGCAUUAACCUGGGAUAAAUCAAAGUAUUUAACAGCAAAAAAUGACACAUUUCAGCUUUAAAUGAAGCAGAACUGAAAGAGAGGACAGUGACAGCAUACACCUGAUUCACCUGCUCUGUCACAUGGCCUGUCAUCCCUCGCUCCGUGUUAAAAGCGCUCUGAGAGGCAGCUAAUGCUGCUCAACAACACGCCUGAGCUUUGAAGAGCUGCGCCAGAGACACACUCGCGGUCCGGGUUACAUCCUCGCUGCCACGAAGAAAGCCAUAAAGGUUUGGAACAACAUGAGGAAGAAAGAAAGGUCAUAUAGAUGGUUUGAAACAUCACAAGAGGUUAUUGGAAUGUCCAUUAAAUUACUGGAUAAUGUCCUGGCAGAAAAUUACCAACGUCACAAUGAAGGAAGCAGUGUUUUAAAAGAGAAGUACACAUUCAGAUCUGACUGCAUUCUGAUACGUCACGACGGAUCAAACAGCUACCGUUUGAUGCAACUCGGAUGCUUGGAAUCUGUGGCCAACUCGUCUGUCGCUUACUCUUCGUCGUCUCCGCUUACAUACCCAGCUACCGGAACCGAAUUUGCCUCCCCGUAUUUUCCCACGAACCACCAGUACACGCCCUUACACCACCAGUCCUUCCACUACGAGUUCCAGCACAGCCACCCGGCCGUGAACCCGGACGCGUACUCGUUAAACUCUCUCCAUCACUCGCAGCAGUAUUACCAGCAGCUCCAUCACGGCGAACCGGCGGACUUCAUCAAUCUUCACAACGCCCGGGCGCUCAAAUCCUCGUGCCUGGACGAACAGCGGCGGGAACUGGGCUGCCUGGACGCGUACCGUAGGCAUGACCUGUCAAUCAUGAGCCACGGCUCUCAGUACGGCAUGCACCCCGAGCAAAGACUGCUGCCCGGGGCGGGUCUGGGGCUGCCGCCACCGGGGGCCGAUGACCUACAGGGAUCUGUAGACGCGCAAUGCGGACUGGUAUUAAAUGGCCAAGGAGGAGUGAUCCGGAGAGGUGGCACAUGCGUAGUGAAUCCUACAGACCUGUUCUGCUCUGUACCAGGAAGACUUUCUCUUCUCAGCUCUACCUCAAAGUACAAAGUCACCAUCGCUGAAGUCAAACGCCGCCUGUCUCCUCCAGAGUGUCUCAAUGCCUCACUACUCGGUGGGAUAUUAAGAAGGGCCAAGUCGAAGAACGGCGGUCGCUGCCUCAGGGAGAAACUGGACAGGUUGGGACUCAAUCUCCCAGCAGGCCGGAGGAAAGCGGCGAACGUCACGCUGUUGACCUCUUUAGUGGAAGGGGAAGCACUACAUCUGGCUCGGGACUUUGGCUACACCUGUGAGACAGAGUUUCCCACCAAAGCGGUCGGGGAGCAUCUCGCCCGCCAGCACACGGAACCAAAGGAACAGAACGCGCGCAAGAAAAUGGUGCUGGCCACCAAGCAGAUCUGUAAGGAAUUUCAGGAUUUGUUAAGUCAAGAUCGAUCUCCACUCGGUUCUUCUAGACCAACACCUAUUCUGGACUUGGAUAUUCAGAGACAUCUAACACACUUCAGUCUAAUCACGCAUGGAUUUGGUACGCCGGCGAUUUGCGCGGCUCUUAGCACCUUUCAAACGAUCCUCAGCGAAAUGCUCAAUUACCUGGAGAAACACUCAGCCAAUAAGAGCGCAGGAACGCCAGACACCAGCCAGAUCAACUCCAACUCGGAUAAAACGCUGCGCAAAACCACCGAAGCACCGAUGAAGGACGGUAAAAUCGAGAAAACAGAAUGACUCUGACGCAAGAGUGGCCGCUUUCCCAGUUCCUGAUCUGAGCCCUGAUGGGCGGGCCUUGUUCAGGGCGUGGCUACUUGGGGCGGGGUUACAGGGUUUUUAUUCCAUAUUCUUUUAUUUAUAUAACUGGCAUAACUUCUUAUGACCUCAGCUUUGCCUGUAUGUACAAACCAGUCACAUCAUUCUCACUGCCCAAUACUUUGCAAAACACAAACCAUUUUCAUUAUUUUAUAAGUUAUUGAAGAAGUUAUUUUGCUUAAAGUUUGUCUGUAUGUAAUUAGUUUAAAUAACGAUUUUAAAGAUGCAAUAUCUUUUAUUAAAAGACUCACAUUCCAUUUCUGCCAAGACCUAAUUUGAGGUCAGUUUGAGACUGUAAAUUAUGACAGGUAACUUUCCCUGUUGCAGUUAGUUACUGUAUAUUGUGCAUGUUAAACUUUGUACACCAUCUGAAACGGACAUUCCCCACUGUUGUUCCAGAACACAAACUCUUGACUGCAUUUGUAAAAAAGUUAUAUAUAAAUAUAUAAAUUCAAUCUUUUCUUGUAGGCUUUGAACUACAUAUAUGAAAUAACCCUACAUGCAAACUACUGGUGUUCAAUAAAGCAUAUUGCUCAAAGUCUUAUAUUA